CUGCCGAAGUAACUACUACAAUUCCAAUAUGGCGGACUACUUAAAUGUGUGAAACAAUAAGUUUAUUGAAGAAAGUAAUUUUAAUAUUAUUAAGUUAUUUGAAUUUUUAAAAAUAUUCUUCGAAGCUACAAUGCUUCUUUAUUGUAUGGUAGGGAAUAUUACUAGUGCAGUCAGUCGGUGAUUAUUAAAAUUAACCUGAAAGCUGUGUUGUUGCUGGAGUAAACACCAAACAUGGCGUCAUCCUUGAAUGAAGAAAGUGUUGAAAGAAAACUACAUGCUGUUAACAACACGCAAGAUGGCAUUCAAAGUAUGUCAUUAUGGAUUAUUCAUCAUAAAGCGCAUCAUAAGAAGAUAGUCGAUUUAUGGCUAAAAGUCUUGAAAAAAGAUAAAACUGCUCACCGCCUUACUUUGUUUUAUUUAUGCAAUGAUGUGGUGCAGAACUGUAAGAAAAAGCAAGCAAAAAUCUAUAUGGACACUUUCAAAAAUGUAUUGAAGGAUGCUGCAUAUUUUGUUAGAGACACAACCAUAAAAUCAAAUGUGAGUCGGAUAUUUAGUAUAUGGGAAGAACGCAAUGUUUAUGAUUCCAGCUUUACAUCUGAACUAAAAGAUAUAUUAGAGAAUGAUGCUCAUUAUCAACAUCAGCACCUUUCACAACACCGACGUGGUCACACAUCUUUGUCACCCAAGCUGAAAUCAUUGCAAUCAAAAUUGCAAUCAACUAAAGUGCAAUCAACAAAAAUGCAACCAACAAAAAUGCAACCAACAAAAGUGCACCAUUCGAAAAUUCAGCAGCAACCAACAACUCAACAAUCACAACUAACUCAAGUUGAUGAAAAGAAUAAAUCAAAUCAUCUGCAAAUACUUGCUGAAUUCAAAACACAAAAAAUGCUUGAAAAAGUUGCAUCUAUGACUAAGUUGGAAUCAGAGGGUGAACUAAAAUUUGUUCAGUUAUCAACUCUACGUUUAGAUGUUUCAAAUUUGGAAGCUGUCAAACAACUAAAAGACCGAGCUCAUGGAAAAGAAUUUUCACGCCAAUUUGAAGAUGCCUGUAACAAACUGGAUGACUAUGUUGUGAGUUUACAGAAAGAGAUAGACCAUAGGACUGCCAUGAUAACCAUGCUUGAGCAGAGUGAACUGUUCUAUGAAGACCAGUAUCGGGAGGCUAAGAUAGUUGCCAAUGCAUAUAAAAACUUUGGUUCUAGAGUUGCAAUUGUGAAAAAGAAACUUGAUGAACUGAAGUUGUCAUUACCAGAUCCAGCUAGUCCUCUGCCUUCACCUACACCUGAUGCUCCAUCACCUAGUAGUACUCCACCAGCAGACGUAGAUACACAGCAAGAUAACACAGAGGCAAUUGAUAUGGAACUUUCUGAUUCUGACAAUGAUGAAAAUGAUGCAACUCGAAAUAUAUUAGUUGUUGUCAAUGAAACUGUAACAUCAUCUCCACCUCCUCCUUUUCCUCUUCCUUCUCCACUUACUCCUUCAACUGCGUGUCCUGUGGUUGCCCUGACUACUACUACAAAGAGCAUCCUACAGCCGAUCUCAAGUGUUACUGAGAUCAUUGGAAUGCCAGCUAUCGAAAGAAAAUCUGAAGCUUCUCCUAAAUCUGUGUCGUCAGUCCCUCCUCCCUCACCUGAUUCCAACCGCACUGUAGACCUGAAAGACAAUGUUGAGGAAUCCUGUGAAUCACCACUUGAUUCUGCUGUCAGCCAACCAAGUAAAGAAUGUAACAGCUUGGAGAAAAGAAUAGCUAGUAUGUUACCAAAUCUACCAAUUGCUAGCAAUAUUUCUAGUCCUGUAGAGGAUAUCCAGCGUCAACAACCAUCACCUGUGUCCUCUUCUUCAUCAAAGAAAGAACAUCGCUAUCAUUCUGACCGCAAACACCUAAGAAGUGGUAGUGAUGUAGUACCAGAUGACACUUCAGAUUGGCUUGACCAUUCUCCUGUGCUAUCCAGUCGAAGUACAACUAGUCCAAGUCAUUCUUCACAUAAAACAAGUCACAGAAAACUUCCUUCCAGUAGUAAUUUGCACAAUUCAACCUCUUCAUCCUCCUCAGGUCGAGUACCAGCUUAUAACUCUCCUCCUUUGUCAAAUGAUGAAGGUAGUAGUACUCCACUUAAUGAUGAAGGUGGAAGUACACCUGUACAGGAUGAAAAAGAAGAGCAAACUACGAGAGAAAAUCCUAUUGAUUUCUUGACCAAACUCAUUAAUCAAACCCAGAAGUCUCCCAAAACCAGUACUGCUAGUUUCCUCCAGAACUUAAUGAACACAGGAAUGAAACCAUUCACUUCAUAUGAUGACAGCAAAAAUAAGGACUCUUCUGUUGAUCUCAACCAACCUGCCAUGCCUCCACAGAUUCCCCCACCUCCUAUGGGGCCAGGACCUGUUUCUCUACCAACUCAAUCUUCCUUACAAACCUCAUCCUCCCAGCACAAUCAGACUACUUCUGCUCAGUCGUGGGCAGCCUGGAAAGCUAAACGUGGUCCUUCUGAUGAUAUUCCUAAUCUCAUCACAAGUGCACCUCCCCCGCCCCCUCCCACCAUGCCACCCCCCAUUAUUUCUCCACAAAGACAUGAGCAAGUUGGACUAGCUUCUAUUCCACAACGACCUGAUCUGUCAACUCUGCCUCCAAUGAUGGGGCCACCACCUCCACCUGAUCACCUUCCAGGAAUGUCAGGAAUGCCUCCACUUCCUCCAGACUCACUCCCUUCCGUAGCACCAGUUCCUCCUCCAGACUGUCUUCUGCCUGGAAUGGUUACUCCACCUUCAGAAGGAAUUCCUCCGCCAGGUAUGCCACCUAUGCAACCGCCUGAUGGCAUGAACAAUAUGCAAAGGCGGGACCAGAUGGUAUUACCUGGUGGUAUUCCUGGAAUGGCCCCUACUUUCCAUCCACCAGAGAAUCCCAUUGCUCCACAAAGCCCGUGGAAACAUGAUAUGGGAGCACCUUAUUGUGCUGUUAGUAACACUACUGAACACCCAGAUGGUUAUAACAGCAGUCCCCAGAGUCAAACAAGUCCUGAACCCUGCUCUAUCCCUCUACCUUGGAUGAAUCAUCCCCCUCCCCCACAUGAUACCAGCAUACCUCCACCUGUUAACUUGGGGCCUCCACCUCAUGCUCGAGGACUCAACUGUUCUGUUUUACCAGAUUAUUCUGGUUCAGCUGACAAUAUUUCUACUUUGACUGAUACAAUGCAGAGUUCUAAGACUAGCUCUCAGUCUUCCUCUCCCAACAGUAAUGGGGCCUCUGGCUACACCAGCAGAGUAAACCGUGUACUUUCGCAAUCAGAUUUUCCUGAUGACCAAAGAGAAUUCAUUGAAAAAUUAAAAAGGAAAUCUAGUAAUCUUGUUACUCCGCCAAUUGUAGAUUCACUCUCAGACUUACCGGAAUCUGUGAGUAAUGUACGGAACUUAACUGCCGUAAAACUUGAAGACAGUCCAACUAACAGCAAGAAACCAACAGACAGCAUAGAAAAUACAGAGUCCAAUCAUUCUGCUGACAUUGGCACUUGUAGUGCCCAAACUGAAGACGAGGAAGAGGAGGAAGAGGAAGAAGUUGAAGAGGAGGAGGAGGAGGAAGAAGAAGAGGAGGAGAGGGAAGAAGUACCCGACUGUCAAAAUGAAGAACCAAAAGGAGCCCCGAUAUUAACUGUUUCUGGUAUUGCAGCUCGGCGAUAUGAACCCGAACGACUUCGCAAUGUCGCUGAGCAUAGGGGAGAUAACAAUCGGCGAACUGAUUCCAUAAACAGGCGCUUUGAACAGCCAAUACCCAAUCCUCUAAUUCACAGACAGACCACAGAUUCUUAUCGGGAUAGAAGAAGAGGAGAAAGGGAUUUUUAUCGGAACACUCCCUACCCUACUGACCCCUAUGCUUAUACCUACACACAGGACUGGCAUCAGUAUUAUGCUCAGACUAAUCCCUAUAUGGCUCCACCUUUGAAACGGCCUUAUGAGCCAUAUAACCCUCAUCAUACUUACUAUUCCUCAAAGUAUUGAACUACUGUUUUGUGAGGUUUUAUAAGCAGAAAUACUGUCUUGGCAAUUUUAUUGAUGAUUUUAACAGCUCUGUAAUAUUCCUGCAUAUACUGAAUGGUUUUGACUUGAGAUUUCUCAUUUAAACUGUUGGAUAUUCCAUAAAAUGUAAACAUCCUGUUCUCUCUCUUUCUCUCUCUCUCUCUCUCUCUCUCUCUCU